UAAAAGUGGAUGAAAGAAACAAGGAUCACGAGUGAAAAAAGCAUUAUGAAACACAAAAUGGACAAAAGAUAAAAUCAUUCAGUGGCAAACAAGCAAACCAUAACUGUUUUCCACAGCAUGAAAAGAGUUAAAAAUCAACAAUGAAGCAAAAGCAAAAUAAAACUUGACAUGACAGGUGCAACCAGUUUCAAUCUGUAUUGUUCAUAUAAAAAGCUCGUCUUGAAAGUAUAACGUUACACACUUCAAGCAGGAGUUAUUAAGAAUGGAAGUAUCCAGAAAUACAACAGAAUUUCAAGGCAAUCACUGUGUAUUUUUCGAACUAAAUGAGUAUUUAAAGCUAGACCUUAAAUACUUUUUUACAUCAUCGUGUAUUGUGGUAUCGUURUUGAUUCUUCCUACAGUCCUACUUAACGCUCUAGUUCUUGUUGGCAUCUACAAAUCUCCUACAUUACAUACACCAAGCAAUGUUCUUCUUUGUGGCUUGGCUCUUACAGAUCUGGGGGCAGGUUUGCUGGGAAWGAGCACAUAUGUCAUAAUAGGAAUAACAUACAUUUUGAAGCUGGAUAAGUUGUGGUGUGAYAUGAACAUAUUGUCAUAUUUACUUGCGGUGCCAUUUCCAGUUCUCUCUUAUAUCACUAUUACACUAGUCAGCAUUGAAAGGGUCAUUGCUCUAAAGUACCAUAUGCGGUAUAACGCUAUCGUCACCAAUAAACGGGUGCUAGCUUCCUUGGUUUUCUUCUGGAUUCUCACGUUUAUGGUGUCCAGUUCGUACUUUUGGUUCAACCAGUUGAUGUUAUGGAGCACUGUCAUUGCUCUCUCAAUCUGUUUGACAAUCUGCCCUGUUAACAAUGUACUCAUUUUUAGAAUUCUUCGUCGUCAUCGAAUAGAUAUCCAACGGCAGCAUAAACAGAUACAGAUUAACACUACCAGUAUGACGCAGAAACGAAAAACCUCCAUAAAUAUGCUUUGGGUUUAUUUGUUUUUUGUUUUGUGCUAUGCACCAUUUCUUGGAAUAAAACUGCACGGUCUUAUUAAGAACAGCUAUAACAUAGACAAAAUCUCGUACACAGCACUUUGCUCUAGUUAUAUUUUUAUCUACCUUAACUCUCUUUUAAACCCGUUGUUUUACUGCAUCAAAAUGCGUAAAAUUCGUAGAGCAGUUUUAAAAAUCUUACCURAAAGGCUUAUAUGUAAACGUAUCCAAGCUUCGAUCAGAACUACGAACACCAUGUAAAUUAGAAUUUGUUAAAGAACGGCAGAUACUUGGGGUGGUUAGUGCAUAAUU